AUGGGUAGACGUAAAAUUGAAAUUCAACCAAUUUCAGAUGAAAGAAAUAGAACUGUAACUUUUAUUAAAAGGAAAGCUGGUUUAUUUAAGAAAGCACAUGAGCUAUCUGUUCUAUGUCAAGUAGACGUUGCGGUUCUAAUCCUCGGCCCCAAUAACACAUUCUACGAAUUCUCGUCUGUAGAUGCAAAUCAACUCAUUGAUGAGUUUCAAAAUAAUGCUGAUUUGAUUCAUGAAUCAAUGGAUCCUUCACACUUCGGUGAUUUUCAAAAGAAGAGUCUUGUUCAUUUUCAGAAACCUGCUACCAUGGAUAAUGAUAUGGCACAAGACGAAAUUCUUUUUAUGAAGAGAAGUAGUCGAUCUUCAAUGGAAAAUCCAAACAAGAAAACAAAAUUCGAUAAUGCUGCUACAUCUCCAAUAUUCAAUCCUUUACAACAAAAAGUACAAAGACAAUUUAAAAAUUUAAGUAGUAUGAGUUCGAUGGCUUCAUCACCAACGCUAUCCAAUUUCGAUGAGGUUAAGUCCGUGCCAGACAAUGGUAAUGACAGCGCGAAUGUACGAAUCGUCAGAUCACAUAGUCCAUCAAGUAAAUUAUCAAUGAGACCAAGGCUUAGGGUAGAGAUUCCAAAUAAUAACGUACUGGGGAAUAAUUCAAUAACUAGUGAAUCCGCGUCACCGGAUUCUUCCAAUAAUACUGCAAAUGGAACUAAUACCGGUGCGAAUAAUAGUGAUAAUCAUCCACUACAUAAAACCGACAGAACAUCAGUAACAUUAUCAAAUAGGAAUAAUUCUUUCAACCACAAUAAUUUACCACCAAUUUUACAAACUGCAUCUGCCACAAUGCCACCUUACGUUGCAACACCAUUACAAAAUAACCCAAAUUUUAAAACAUUCAAUAGAAACAAGCCAUUACUGUCACCAAUUAUAAAUAACGAGCCAUCCCGAUUUUCAAAUGACCUCAUGAUACAAUCGCCGAACAACCCAUCCAAUCUGAUGUUUCAGGACUGGUCUUUAAAACAAUCAAGCGCUUCGGGACAGACGGGUCUGACGCCUUAUGUCAAUUUUGGUCAGACACCCAUAGUUAAUAAGUUUUUCAAUUUCUCAAAUGAAUUCAUAAAUAAUAGGGAAACAAAGGAAAGCAAGGAUAAUAAAGAGGACCAAUGA